AUUCCCAACGGACGAGUGGAGCGCUGCUGACCAGAAUAUCUGAACGAAAGACUUGCUGAUUGUUUUCUGUCCUGGAUUUUAACAAAUUCUUCUCUUGUGGAUAAUUGGACCUUGUAGAUUGGUGAAGGAAAAUCAUUGGGAAUAACUUUGGGAAUAACUUUGGGAAUAACUUUGGGAAUUGCAGAAUAAUCUUUAGAACCAUUCAGCCAUUCUUUGUCCUCCUCUUCAGGCCCAUGUGGCGAUUCUUCUAGAGUUGAAUAGCUUCUCUGUGUCGUUCCCAUCGAAAUCCUUCAAUCAAAGGAUAGAUAUAGCAGGGGGGCAGAUAGGUAAGUAAGACAGGGGUGUAAUUGCCCCCUGGGUGAAUCCUAGCGGAGCGAUGCUGGAGAGGAAAAAGAAGAACGGAGUUGUCUCUACCAUCAGCAGCGCCAAUAACAACCAGACCCCUUCCACUAUCCCAAACGCUGUUGAUGCAGCGCGCCGCUUUGCGUUGCUAUUGGAGCGUUGUGCUGCUCCCCUUUCGAGCCCGCUGAGUCUGAUUGGAGGGCUGGGAGUUGGGAUCCCGCCCCUGCAGCGCCACUUAUGCCACGCCUCCCUGCUUCUGGCCCACCUCAAAGCACAGCUCGCCAUCAAUCAGCUCCUUGCUGCAGGAAACAUCGCCAACGCCGUUACCUGCACCAACCCCCCACUACCCUCCCCUCACCCCCAUCCUCCUCUUGCCCUCUUCCUCAACCUCCUCAAAGCGGCAGCCACCACCAAUAACAUGUACCAUCCCCUAUAUAAUCCGUUAGGGGGUCAGUACUCUUCACAAGCCCAGAGAACACCAGCCCAGAUGGGGCGGUAUGGACUCACACAAGCCCAGUCCGGGAUGGACCCUCUGAUGGCCUCACGCCUGGGUCUGGGCCCUUUCUCUGCUGGUGGUUCCUCUGGUUUUUCCAGCCAGGGUGGCAUGAUGUCCUCGAUGGGCUACAACCUGGGGCAGUCUGGGUACAACAUGGGGCACAGAUCAGCCGGGAUGGCCUCGGAGAUGGAGACCUCCAUAGACCACCACAUCCGCUGGGCCAGAGAGGAUGUGAGGCUGCUCAGCCAGAUGGUGCAGCAGAAACAGAACCAGCAGGCCCAAAUGAACGCCAGGAAUCUUCGCCCGAGUCGCGACCCCAGGGACGCGCUUUCGUCUAGGGGAGGGAUGAGUAGCUACACCCCUGGCCUGUCCGGCAGCGACCAGCAGAGCUCCAUGGCCUCCUGGUCUGGCCACCUGACCCAGUCUGCUUCCUCUAAACUCUUCUCCUCCCCCCUCCCUCAGUCGUCCCCUUCCCCCUCCCAGAUGUACCAAAGCCAAGCCUCUGGGUUUGGGGGUGCGGGAGAGCCGGGACCCACCUCAAUGGGUUCUGAGGCACCCAUAAGUGUCUCCGCCUCGUCUGGCACCGCAUGUCCAGCCCGGUACACGUCAGAGUCCGCCAGCAACAUCCUGGCGAGUUUCGGAUUGUCCAACGAGGACCUGGAGCUCCUGAGCCACUAUCCAGACGAUCAGCUGACCCCAGACAACCUUCCCUUCAUCCUCAGAGACAUCUGCAUCCGUAAGGCCAAUAGAAACAUGGAUGUGGACCAUCGGACCCGGGCCGGCGACAGACCCAGCCCAGGGUCGGACCACUUAGUUGUAGGACAGAGCAAAGUUAGCGAUUAUGGAAAUGUAGAUACUACUAAAUACGGCAGUUAUGAUGUUAAUAUUCGAUCCGAUAGUUACGGCGGGCGAGAUCCGCUCCGGAAAGAGUCUCCGAGCGGGCACACCGGGACGCCGUACGGCGGUGUUGGAGGAUCCGUGACUUCGGUCCUUUCUGAGCAACAGCAGAUUUGCAGCGCUGCAGUCCAGAGUUCUCUCUCACUCCCCAAGAAUGACACAGACACUCGUAUCGGUUUUCCUCCGCCUUCCAGCCUAACCCAAAAGACCCUCAAAACUCACGACUUAUCAAAACCGCCACCAAAACCUAUGAACAUCCCUGUCCACGGUGGAGAACAAGGACUCGACCGACUACUCUCAUCUCAGAAUCGAGGCACUGCUCGAGGUCAGGUUCAGUCUCGGUCCGACCUGGUGGUUCUUAGUGGUGGAGUUAGAAGAGAUGUAGAACUCAGGGUUGGAAGUGUCCCGCUCGAGGUUCCUCCUCCACCCUUCAUGUGGCCUCCCUUAUUCCCCAUCAUGGAUCCGUCGGUUCCACCUCCCGGUCACAUUCCGGUGACUGUUCCGCCACCACGGAUGGGUCCACCGCCUCCGAUGUUCCAGCAGAUGAACGUCCCACCCCCAACGUUGAUGAUGCCAACAAGGUUGCCUUCCCCGGCCGUGAUGAGCGAUUACUCCGCAGCUUCUCCCAGAAUCUUUCCUCAUACCUGUUCUCUCUGUAACGUAGAAUGUGCCCUUCUAAAGAACUGGAUUGAGCACCAAAACACCAGCCUUCACAUCGACAACUGCCGGCUGCUCAGGAAAUUGUAUCCUGACUGGAACGGGGAAACUGUAUCAAGCCCUGCUCCCAGUAGAAAUGACAACAACCAUUGUUCCUCCAAACGUCGUCACACAACACACUCCGCCUCCCGUUCUCCGUCCUGGUCUCGCUCUCCUUCUCCUCGCCUCUCUUCCUACCACACCGCUUCCUCUUCCUCCGCUGCUCGCCGACCUCGAUCCAGGGAACGAUCCCGCUCCCGGGAACGUAGACACAGCGCCGCCACACGGCGUUCCCGGUCUCCUGGUUCGCGUCGGGAGCGUGACCCUCCGGCGUCGUCUUCUUCGCACUGGGAUCAGGAACGUCGGCGUUCCCGCUCGCCCCGGACAACCUCUUCAUCGAGGAGGUCGCGCUCUAGGAGCUAUGAGCGGGAGCGUCGGGAGACGAGGAAGAGCAGCCCUUCAGGAGGAGGAGGAGGAGGAGGAGGAGGGAAGAGCAGACAGCCGAAGUCUAGCAGUGCUGAGAGACUGGCCAAGAAACUACUGGAGUCAUCUGCUGGCCUCUCCCUGACUAAGAACACCAGUCUAGAAGUUAUGAUGCAGUCCCUCGCCCCCGCACUCCUGGCAGAGCUCGCCAAAAAGAAAGGCGCCACGUCCGCCAAGGGAGGUGCCAGCAGGAGAGGCCGCUCCCCCCCUCGAAAGACUGAAACGGGAACGUCCAAGGGUGGCAAGGCAGGCACAGGAUCUGGAAGGGCAUCAACCAAGAAAUCCUCCUCACCCUCCAAAUCAUCCUUCAAAUCAUCCAGCUCUGCUUCUUCCAAGACUAAGAAGAAGGGAGCACCAGGAACCUCCGCUCUGUUGAGACUGAAGAAUAUCCCCCAGCACACAGCUCGUGAUGAGGUGAUGAAGGCCGUGGAACCCUUCGGGAAGAUCAACAACGUCAUCCAACUCAAGCCCAUACAGCAGGCGUCCGUGUUGUUUGAGAGGGAGGAGGACGCUAAGAAGCUAGCUAGCUUGAAGAACCUGAUCAUCAAAGGCCAGACCGUCACCGUACUAACGGAGAAAGAUGCUCUGCUGGACGACUCAAAGGAACUGAACCAAACCAACAAGUCUACUGAUGAAAAAAAAGCUUCAGCUGCCAAGUCCCACACCAGCACCACCAAGUCAACCACAACCAAAAUGUUUUCUACAUCCGCAACUAAACCGCAAACUGACGGUCCCAAGGCUCAGCAAACCACGGCUAAAGGGUCUGUCCCCCUCCUUCCACUGAAAAGUACCCUCAUUCCUAAACUGCCUGAUUGUGGAAAUAAUACAUUUGUGAAGAUCGAAGGUUUACCAGUGACUGGCUAUACAGAGGAAGAUGUUCUGGCCCUGGUGAAGCCUUAUGGAUAUAGACCUGGACUCUACAACUGUUUCAUUCUGCCCCACCAGAGAUGGGCCAUAAUCCGUAUGGACGGAGUACAGAAGAGCUUUGUUAUGGUGACAAACUAUACGCAGUCUCCUCCUAAACUACUAGACUGUCCCCUCUCCUUCACGUUGAUCUGCCCUGAUACAGGCCUCGUUCAGGAGGAUGUGUACUCAACGCUGAAGGGCCUCACCACUUCGGACAGGACGUUGAAGGAACGCCUUGUGAUCGUCAGUAACGUCCCCACGGGGACUACGGCAACCCAAGAGGUUCACGACCUCGUCAAACGCUUUGGAUCCUACCUCGAUUCGCUAUCUCUGAUCAACAGGAUUUAUUUUGAGAUGGAGUCGUCCUCGAUAGCGAUGGCAGUAUGUCUUCAUUUCCAGAAGUUCCCCUGUGUAGUUCAGAAGAAACCUCUGAAGUUCAACAUGCUGGUCAAGGUUAAACACCCGGCUCAGCCGCAGCCCCCAGCCAAGAAGACACCUGUCACCAGCACCAAAGCCAAGAAAAAGGCGGUCAAAGGCAAAAAGCCUGUCGCUAAAGGUACGGCAACACCAGUCAAACCUGUUCCUACCGCCGCUACCACCAGUGCCAGUGCUACAGCUACCUCUGCCACUCAGCCUGUGGUUACCGAACAACCGGGAGAUGACGUAAGCGGCGUCCAGUCCAGUGACGUCAUAGCGAUAGACUCCGACGCGACCGCAACAGAACCCAGUCCGGUCGUCAUGGACCCCGAUGACCUGAUGACGACCAACAACGGCCAAAGCCAAACCGUUGCCGUCGCGGCUGUAAAACCGGAUAGCGAGAAUGGAGAAACCAUAGCAACCGCUACCGUUCGCGAUGCUACCGGCAAUGUUGACGCAAAUGAUGUCGUUAAUCCCGUCGACUCUGACACAGUUGCUAGUUCCGUACCAGCACAAACACCGGUAACAUCAGCCUCUGUCCCCGUAGCUCUUCCAGUGUCUGUAAAAGUUGAAGACAAACUGUUAGACUUCACUCCGGUAACUCAGGAGAUCCUGAGGGCCUUGGAGGUAGCAGUGCACCAACGCCGCAUGGAGAAACUAGCUGAGGAACAAAGACAGGACCAGGGAAAGAAGAGCCAGGACAAGCCUCUAUCCGACAAGAAGAGCUCUGUUGCUUGGGAGAAGGAGGAGACCAAGACCCCGGCUGGAGAACUGAACCAGGCCCCAGCUCAACCAGAGAAGAAGACUGGAGAGAAGACAGUGACACCGACACAGACUCAAAAAGAUGGGAGAAAUAGAUCUGCGAUUUCCGACGAGAAAAAAAAGCUCCAACCUGAGAAGUCACAGACCGAUAAAAAGCCUCCAACCACACCAGCGAAGAAGACCACAACACAGACAGAAGGAGCAAAGAAACCACCUUCAGGCUCUGGACAACCAGAGAAGAACCAGGGGAAGACCCAAGGCUAUGGAGGAAGAGGCCGGCGCAGGGACCAUUCUUCCCCAGAAAAGAGAGACUCUUCCAGGCAUAGAAGCAGGCGGGCGGCCUCCGAGGAGGAGCAGGGUCCUCCGACGUCGAGACACGGCGACUCCUCUAGCUCUUCUUCUGGCUGCUGCAGGAGCAACAGACAGGACGGCAGUCCCGCCAAGAAGAAGGGGAGGAAAGAGGUGGAGGAGGAGAGGAGCAAGAGCCACCGUAGUAGAACUAGCCAGUCUUCUAGGAGUGAGUCUAGAGAUAAGGAGGCAGCAGAGAGAAAGGAGAGCAUCAGAUUUAUAAAAGCACACCAUUCAAAUAGUAAUGGUGUUGGCUACGUGGUGGAUGAGUUCACGUCCGACGUCAAUCCCGGUGACACCAACCCAUUCGACCUGGACCAGUUCAACAUGGAUGAGUUCGUCACCGUGGACGAGGUGGAAGGGGAUGAGGCGGACAACACCAACCCACCAGAGCCAUCAUCUUCAUCACCCAAUACCCAAGAUGGCGCCUAUGAAAGGUCGGAACGAUCAUCCAAACGCAAGAGGGAUACCCCAACUUCUACAGCGAAAUAUAGCCAGGAGAAAGAGAGACCCCCGUCCAAAAGCACUCCCACCCCCUCCUCUUCUACCUCUACCCCCCUGGACAGAAGACUCCACGAAAAGCCGCAACAGCCCAAAAAACGCAGGCGGCAAAACCUCAACCACCUGCCACCUCUGGACGCAAGACCAGGUCAUCAGCUGCUGUUGUAG